AAAUUUCUAGUUGUUUGUUUCAAAUCCAUUAAUUGUAUCGAAUAUUGUAAUCCUUUGCAAUUCCUGUCAUGAACUCAACUACUAAAAUAAAAGAAUCCUAAUAAAGGAAUUUCUGUUAUUGUAGAAUGAGUCAAGAAUCCGCCCACGGACAAGGCAACAAUGAACACGUCAGUGUUCAUACUGAAGCAUCUAGUUUCACCCCUCCCGUUCAAAAUGAACCCGUCAAUCAACAAAAUGUUGGGAAUAACCCAAACGCUGGUGGUCAACCCGACCUUGUGAUUCCAGCUUUUCUAGCUAAUGUGUUGCAACAAAUAGCCAACGCGCCAAUGUUUCAACCACCUCCACCACCUCCACCACCUCCACCUCGAGUGAUAACUUACAAAACGCUAAGAGAUAACGGUGCAGAUUUAUUCCUUGGGGAUCGCAUCGGUGAACCCCAUAUUGCGUGGGACUGGAUCGAGCAGACUGCCCGAGUGUUGGAAGAUCUCAAUGUACCCAUGGACAAUUAUCCCAGAUUGGCUUCUCAAUUGCUUCGAAAGGAAGCCUACGAGUGGUGGAAGAGGACGGAUGAUAGUGCGGGAACCCCUAAGCCGUGGACAUGGGCACAUUUCGAAUGGGCAUUCAAGCAAGAAUAUAUUCCGAAACGAUUUAGCGUGGAAAGACGUAAGGAAUUUGUUGAACUGGAACAGGGAGACAUGACACUCCCUGAAUAUCGUCAGAAGUUUACCAAACUCGCAAAGUUUGCACCAACCUUAGUAAAUACCCCAACCGAUCGCAUUGAGGAGUUCAGGAAGAAACUUCGACCUGACCUCAGGUCACGUGUAUCCGUUCUAACCACUGUGCAUUUUGCGGAGGCCUACGAUCUCAUUGCCAGGGCAGACAACAACUUGAGUGCUUGCAUUGAGAAUCUGAGGACAAAUAAUGUGAGCUCAAGCACUCACCGUCCCACCGGCUCUGCCUCAAAAUGGAAAAGGCCCUUUCAAGAACCUAGCAAUUCACAUUUCUCUAAAAAGGGAAAAUCUGUACAAACUCAGUCGAUGGCAUCCGUUGAUAAGUCCAAAAAGCGGAGGUAUCCAGCUUGCGAGCACUGUGGAAGGAAUCACCCUGGAGAAUGCUGGCUUAAGCAAGGGUUGUGUCUCGGCUGUGGAAAACCAGGACACUUUCGAAAGGAGUGCCCUACAAACCCCGGAGAACCGUAUCCACCUGCCCCUGUUGUUAGUCAAGCAGCAUCGACACGACCUGCACCAAGUCAACGCUCAACAGCGGGGUCUAAUCCAGCCAAGAAUCAGAACCAACAACAAGGACGAGCUCCUGCUCGUACAUAUGCAACGAAAGCACGAAUUGAGGAGAACCCUGACGUCAUCCAGGGGCCUCGUGAGGUGGCCGAGGCCACCCUCGGGAGAGGGCUUUUAGUCGCCUCAGGAGACGAGGGCUUAAGUGCCUUGGCCGACCUCGGGAGAGGGCUUUUGGUUGCCUUGGGAGACAAGGGCUUGAGUGCCUCGGGCAAGGUUAACAUCGUUGUUGGAGGAGCAAGCUCAACUCCGGAGCUGCAUGAGAGUAGAGACAAUGACCCGCUGCAAACCCAGGUCUUCAACCUGAAGAAGGAUCUGCCUCGCUCCAUCCUCGGUCGGCAAAGCUCCCCGUGGCCAUCCUCUGUUAGUCUAGAUUCACAAUUAGAACAGCAUCAAGGGCGGAAUGCUCUGUCGGAAGUGACGGCGGCCUUGCGGCUUGGUGGCGGUGGAAUUGCACCAAUCACCUUGGCGGCGGUGGGCCUCCUAGGCCAGAGCCACUCUUGCGUCCGGUGGUGGCAGCUUCGACAGCCAUGCUCCAAAUGGAGAUCCCAUAUUGCCUCAAUUCAUGCGACCACCGCGUCGCCGAUCAUGACUCUGUCAUCGCUGCGCUGCCCGCUGGAACUGCAAACUAGGGCUCUGACCUUUCCCCUUUACGGGUUUGAUGGUUUGCAGGCCUGCCUAGCUCUGACCUUUCCCUUUUACGGGUUUGAUGGUUUGCAGGCCCGCCCUCAAUUGCCGAUGCUGGAAGGACGGAAAUAAUCCUCCCCUAAAACGUGUUGGCUCUGCUACCGACUGAAGUCCGGCGAACAGGGUGGGGAUUGGCGGAGGUGCACGAACCGAUCCGCUCCCAUUGAAAUCUGGUCUGCCUAUUUUCUCCUUGAUAUUGGCCUAACAAAAAUUGGCUUUGCAG